AUGGAGGAAUCCGACAUCAAAUUCAGUGUAAUGGUGAGCUUAUUCAACUGGAUGCAAAGGAGCAAAUCCUCAGCGAAGAAGCGCUCCAAGUUCCGCAAAUUCCUUGACACUUUCUGCCGCAAACCGGGGGAUUACUUCAGCGCCGUACGCCUCAUCUUGCCGGCGCUUGAUCGGGAACGUGGCUCCUAUGGACUCAAGGAGCACGCCCUCGCCAUCUGUCUCAUUGACGCUCUCGGCAUGUCCCGUGACUCCCCCGACGCUCAGCGCCUCCUCAAUUGGCGGAAAGGUGGCCCCAAAACCGGCGCCAGCGCCGGUAACUUCUCUCUCGUCGCCUCUGAGGUACUGCAAAGGAGGCAAGGUUUGACUUCUGGUGAGCUGACUUUGAAGAAGGUAAAUGAAUUGCUAGAUCGCUUGACUUCAAGUGAAAAUAGAGUGGAAAAGACUUCUGUUCUUUCUGAUUUGAUCAAGGAGACAAAUUCUCAUGAAAUGAAGUGGAUUAUAAUGAUCAUACUGAAAGAUCUUAAGUUGGGAAUAAGUGAAAAGAGCAUCUUUCAUGAAUUUCAUCCGGAUGCUGAGGACUUGUUCAAUGUCACAUGUGACUUAAAACUAGUUUGUGAAAAACUUAGGGACAGAAGUGAAAGGCACAAGCGUCAGGACAUUGAAGUUGGAAAAGCUGUGCGACCUCAGCUUGCACUCAGAGUGAGCAAUGUUGCUGCUGCUUGGAAAAGGCUUCAUGGAAAGGAAGUAGUUGUCGAAUGCAAAUUUGAUGGUGAUCGUAUUCAACUCCACAAAAAUAACUCGGAAAUAUAUUUCUUUUCUAGAAACUUCCUUUCUCAUCCGGAAUACGAGCAUGCUAUGGCAGGCAUCAUUGCAAACAAUAUUCUGGUUGACAGGUGUAUACUUGAUGGUGAAAUGUUGGUCUGGGAUACAUCUGAAAACCGUUUUGCAGAUUUUGGUUCUAAUCAAGAGAUAGCGAAGGCUACAAGGGAGGGACUGGAUAGUGAUCGGCAGCUGUGUUACGUUGCUUUUGAUAUUCUAUAUGCUGGAGAUACAAGUGUUAUACACCAGAGUCUGAGCGAACGUCAUGAUCUUCUGUCGAAAGUUGUGAAGCCAAUCAAAGGUCGAUUUGAAAUUCUGGUUCCUGAUGGUGGUCUUAAUGGAACUCGCCAUUCUGAUUCGUGCUGGUCAUUUGUUGCUCGUGGUGUUGAGGAAGUUGAAAAGUUUUUCAAAGAAACUAUUGAGAACAGGGAUGAAGGAAUUGUCUUAAAAGACCUUAGUUCCAAGUGGGAACCUGGUGAUCGAAGUGGAAAGUGGUUAAAGUUGAAGCCUGAGUAUGUGAGAGCUGGUGCCGAUCUCGAUGUUUUAAUUAUAGGAGGCUAUUAUGGUUCUGGACGCCACGGAGGAAAGGUAGCACAAUUUCUGGUGGGAUUGGCAGAGCGUCCGUUACCUAAUAUGCAUCCCAGGAGAUUUAUUUCUUUCUGCCGGGUAGGUACUGGCCUUUCUGAUGAGGAGCUUGAAACAGUUGUUAACAAAUUAAAGCCUUAUUUUAGGAAAUACGAAUACCCAAAGAAGGGGGCACCAAGUUUUUAUCAUGUUACAAAUAACUCGAAAGAGAGGCCUGAUGUCUGGGUUGAAAGUCCAGAGAAAUCAAUUAUAGUUUCAAUCACCAGCGAUAUUCGAACAAUCAAAUCUGAGGUGUUUGCGGCUCCUUACAGCCUGAGAUUUCCACGAAUUGAUAGAGCAAGAUUCGACAAGCCUUGGUAUGAAUGCCUUGAUGUACAGACUUUUGUUGAGUUGGUUCAUUCAAGCAAUGGCACUACUCAGAGAGGACUAGCUAUCGACGAUGUUCAGGAUCAUAAACCCAAGCGUGCAAAGUCAGCAAAGAAAGUAGAGAGGAAUGUUUCAUUUGUUCCUUCUCAUUUUGUCCAGACUGAUGUUUCCACAGUGAAAAGUGAAACACUGAUAUUCCUGAAGAUGGUUUUCUACUUUGCAAAUGUACCUUCCACUCAUUCCCUGGACCUUUUGCAUAAAAUGGUGGUCGAGAAUGGUGGCACUUUCUCGAUGAAUCUGAAUAACUCUGUCACACACUGCGUUGCUGCCGAAAGUAGAGGGAUCAAGUUUCAGGCAGCAAAACUACAUGGUGAUGUUAUUCAUUUUUCUUGGCUUCUAGAUUGUAGUUUGCAGAAGAAACUCCUUCCUUUGCAGCCAAAGUAUUUCCUUUAUCUUUCUGAAUCCUCAAAGAUGAAGUUACAGGAAGAAAUCGAUGAAAAUUCUGAUUCUUACUUUGUAGAUGUUGAUGCUGCAGACCUUAAACAGCUUUUGAGUAACAUUGAUUCAACACAAGAUUCCAAGAGCAUUGAUCACUACAAGAAGAAAUACUGUCCAAAACAGAAAUGGGCUCAAUUUCAAGAUUGCCACAUUUACUUUAAAUUAUCCCCGCUGUCAAUAAACUCAGAGUUGAAGGUCCUACUGGAACUUGCACUUCGGAGAAUGAAGGUUGCUGUUGUGUUUGCGGGUGGCAAAGUUACUUGUGAUCUUACGCAUGCUACCCAUGUAGUAGUUUUGUCAUCUCCUGUCUCAGCUGAAGACUUGAGCAAUCUGUUAUCGUGCUUUCCAGAAGCAGAGAAGCAUCUUCUACUUAGUCAAAGGAUUCAAGUUGUUGCAUCUCAGUGGGUGGAGGAUUGCCUUGACAGAGAGCAAAAAGUGCCGGAGGAGUACUACAGUCUGAAACCCGUGAAUGUACAAAAUUCAGUUUUUGAAGAAAUCAAACCGCCUCUCCAAAGGAUUGUCAAGAUUGUGGUUUUCAAUUUCAGCUGCAUGCAAUCCAUCGCAGCUGUGAUUGACAAAGAUGAAUUAAACCUAGAUCGAAGCACGAGUGUGGAUGAGAAAGGGUUGAGCACAUCAUCAUCAGGUAAAGUUGGAAGCUCAAGGGAUAGAAAGAAACCUAUACUUGUCACCUUGCCUAAGCAGGGGAAGAAAACAAAGAGAGGGCAAUCUAGCGGGAUUGGUGCAAAUAAAGGGAAAACUAUGAAAAGUCAGCCGCGAAGAACAAGAUCAAGACUCGGAAACAAGCCCGCAAAGAUUCAUGAGAGUGAAUCAGAUGGAACUUCCUCUCCAGACCAUUUGAGUUCUCCAGAAAAAGCCGAGGUCCAAGCUGGAAAUGAUGAAAGUCAUGAGAUGACUGGCAAACGGAAUAGAGAAAAAACCCUGAGAAACCAGCCACGAAGAGUAAGAGCAAGAAUCGGUAAUAGACCUGCAAAGAUUCAGGAAAGUGAAUCAGGUCGAAGCUUGUCUCCAGACCAUUUGAUUUCCCACGAAGAAGCAGAGGUCCAGCCUGGAAAUGUUGAAAACUGUGAGAUGGCUGACAAACGGAAUCCAGAAAUACUAGAUAUUUUUGGUACAAAAGAUCUUGAGGUAUCAAACAAGGGUAAGACAGUUGAGCAAGAUCCCUGGCAGCACCAACAAGUCUAUGAAGCUCCAACAAUCAGUUCAGUUAGCAAAAAUGGAGCUGAAGAGCAUAAUACACGGGUACAGAGUGCUGCUGGUCCAGUUCAAGCCAUGUUACUGCAGAUGAUCCCGAGCUUGGGAAGCAGUAGGUUUGCCAGUGCAAGUCAGGGUCCUGAGGCCGAAAAGUUACCUGUAGAAGUGACUAACAAGGAUUCUGCUUUUGUAGCUGAAAGACCUGCUCUGGAUACCGUUCCAAAGCCAGAAAAGAAAAAGAAAGUAAGUUAUAAGGAUGUUGCUGACGAGCUCCUCAAGGAUUGGUAA